GCCGGAGAGCCAGGGAGAUGCUGUGGCCAGACAUUCAUCCCUUCCCUAGAUGCGUGUCACAGGAGUUUUUGCAGGAUGGAGGGAAUUAGCUCAGCCUGGCUGCCGGAUUCCUGCUACCUUAGUCCCUUCGCUCUGCUCCUCAAGCAUCUCCAAGGCACCCCCAGAAAAGAAUUCCCUUCCAAUCAGGACUUUUCUGAGCACCAAACCAGGUUUUCAACUCCUGCUUCAGCGUGGAACCUUCCAUCAGCCCACAGUUCGCUUUCCAAUAUAACCCUGUGUUGUGUAAACGAGCUGAUGGAUGAAGAUGAGAAGGACAGGGCAAAGAGGGCAUCACGCAACAAAUCUGAAAAGAAAAGGCGAGACCAGUUCAAUGUCCUCAUCAAAGAGCUCUGCACGAUGCUGCAGGGUCAUGGCCACCCUCUCAAGAUGGACAAGUCCACAAUAUUGCAGAGGACCAUUGACUUCUUACAGAAACAGAAAGAAAUCACAGCGCAGACCGAGGCCUGUGAGAUUAGACAAGACUGGAAGCCUUCGUUUCUUAGCAAUGAGGAGUUCACCCAGUUGAUGUUAGAGGCAUUAGAUGGAUUCCUCAUUGCACUUACCACUGACGGGAUUAUUAUUUAUGUAUCUGAUAGUGUCUCCUCUCUUCUUGGACAUUUACCGUCAGAUUUGGUGGACCAAAAUAUAUUAAACUUUCUGCCUGAGCGGGAACAGAGUGAAGUGUACAAGCUCCUUUCUCCACAUGUGCUCAUGACAGAUCCUGUCGCAGCUGAUUUUCUAAACACUGAAAAGCAAAUAGAGUUUUGCUGCCAUUUAGCAAGAGGAAGCUUAGAUCCAAAUGAGCCCCUAACAUAUGAAUAUGUGAAAUUUGUAGUGGAUUUUAAAUAUUUUACUCAUGUGCCUACACCCUCCUGCAAUGGCUUUGAAUCAGCUAUUGCAAGAGCAUUCAGGUCAGCCACAGAAGAACAGAUUUGCCUAGUAGCAACUGUUCGUCUUGUUACGCCGCAGUUUUUAAAGGAGCUGUGCAACAUUGAAGAGCCAUGUGAAGAAUUCACAUCGAGACACAGUUUGGAGUGGAAGUUUUUAUUCUUGGACCACAGGGCCCCACCUAUUAUAGGUUAUUUACCCUUUGAGGUUCUGGGAACGUCAGGUUAUGAUUAUUACCACGCUGAUGACCUGGAGCUUCUCGCUAGGUGCCAUGAACACUUGAUGCAAUUUGGAAAAGGAAAGUCCUGUUACUACAGAUUCUUGACCAAAGGCCAGCAAUGGAUAUGGUUGCAAACGCACUAUUACAUCACGUACCACCAGUGGAACUCCAAACCUGAGUUCAUUGUUUGUACACACCUUGUAGUUAGUUAUGCAGAGGUUCGAGCUGAAAGAAGGAGAGAUCUUGGCCUUGAGGAGUCAUCAAUCGAACUGGCAUCUUCUUCUUUGAAGAGUCACAAUAGUUACCUAGACAUCAGGCAAUGUGGAAACAACCAAGAAACCAGCAGGGAAAGAGUGUCUGUAUCCUCGCCUAGCUCCCGGCGAUCUUCACACACCGCACUCUCCGACUCAGCAUCCACAUCAUCCGUGCGGCACACGGAGGCCAGCACUCCCACCAGGCAAUCAGUGCCAAUGGGUCAGCAGGAGAAGGCGUCUCUGAGGCUGGCCUCAAGCGGGAGCGCACAGGCAAUCGUAACUCCUCAGGCAUCCGCUGAACAUCUCACUCAGCACCAUGUGGCCCAGCCAACAAUUCCCUCGCAGCAAGCUGUGAUGCCAGUGUACCACUUCCCAGCCCAGUUAGGGAUGAUGCAUCAACUGAAAGAACAGCUGGAGGAGAGGACUCGCAUACUGCAAGCUGACAUCAAGACACAGCAAGAAGAGCUCCAUGUUAUCAAAGAGCAGCUCCAACUAGUGCAAGAUUCCAAUCUGCAGAUGCUGAUGCAACAACCUAUGCCCUUAGUCUUUAACAACGUACAACAACAGAGCCCAAGAAGGCCAUCCCAACCACAGCAGCCUGGGGCAACCGGGCAGGCCACAGCCAAGAAGCCUCAGCAGCAAGGCCUUAUGGGAUCCAAACACUACAGUACCCCACACUUACCGUCACCACAUCAAUUCCUCAGGGAACCUUGUGUCACGUCCUCACAGGUUCAGCAGCAGCAGCAGCACUUAAUGAGAGGCAGCCAGGCACAGCAAACAUGUCUGCCAGCGCAGACAAGCAUUUCGAUGCCCCUCUACAACAGCUCCAUGAUGUUUUCCCAAACUCAUCCCAUCACUGUCUCUGCUCAGAUGCCGACGGAAAUGAGCGAAAGGCAACAACCGUCUGACUACAGCCAAGAUAGGAGUCUAAGGAUGUUGUUAGAUCAGCCGGUCCAAGCCUUGAUGCCGAGUGCUAAUGGUAGUAAUCAGUCAUCACAAAACAGUGCUGGCAGACAGCAAGCAAAAUUUGUUCCAGAACAGCAGCUGCUGCCUCCCCCAUUACAGAUGCAGCCAAUUACAUGUAGCACAGUCAGGGCUCCUGCCCCUUCUCCUGUAUUUACCCCUUCGGUCAUGAUUCCGCAGGCCAACUUCACUUCCCACCAGACGCAGCCUCCAGUUCAUCUCCACCAAUGGCCACCCCAACAGCAGGUUCAGCAGCAGCAUCUCUACCUGCAGAUGCAAGCCCCCGAGUCAGUCCAGGGGAGUCAAAAUCAGCGUAUUUUCCAGCCAUCUCAUAUACCGCAGCAGAAUACCAUGGGCUACUUCCUCCAUCCACAGCAACAAAGCCACCAUCCACAGGGUCAGUCCUGCAACUUACAGGACCUGUCUGAAAUGCAGCUGCCCUGAAAGCCAGGGCAUGAGGAGAAGGUGACGAGUCGCAAUGGCUGUGCUGAGCAGGAGUCGGGGGAAGGACGGCGAAAUUCGAGGAGAGACGGCCCUCCUCAUGUGCCAGAGGGGUGAGGGUUAGCCCAGAGGGAAACAUGGCAGCAUGGAGGAAGGUCCCAGCAGGAGAGCAGGAUCUCCAUAUGGUACCUUGUUGAUUACCAUUUUUAUGUAUUCAGUCCUUGAUGCUGCACAGCGACAGUAUCAAAGCAAAGUCUGGAUUCAUGAAGCCCCAGAACCAUUCGACUAAACACAGUUUAACUGUGAACAGCUAGAACACCCGUUCACGUACAUCCUGUCAAGAGGGGCUACUAAGUGCUAAAAGUAUUUGGAGGCUAAAAUCAGGAUAGUAG